AUGGACCACUCGAUUUGGGAGGAUUUAUGCAAACAGCCAAUACUCAAAGCCUCCUCUGGACAAUAUGCAAAGCUUGUUUACGAUUCGACCACGCAACUGCUUCAACCCAUUCAAUCGAUCUUGUCAGCUCUGAAUCUACGCGCCAUUGGGUUGACAAAGUGCGCCGACUUUGAUGCUGCUCUUCGCGAUGCCAAAGUUAUGCAACAGCUAUCGCCUUCUUCAGCUCUUGGAUAUCUAUGUGCAGCCGCCAUUUACAGUGAGCAAGGAAAACAACUUCAAGUCAUCGAUGUACUCAACAAGGGAUUGAGUAUGGCGGACACCAUGGAUAACCACUAUGAUGAUUUGACACGAGCCAAGAUGGAUGCUGACCAACAUCAAAGUAAACGAAUCGACUUUGUUCGUCAACUGCCUGUCGACAUUGUGAUCUCCACGCUUUUACCCUUCAUGAUGGAUGACUCAGCUAUCAGCUUAAAGAAGCCAAAUCCCUAUUUGCAUGUAUCCAACACAUGGCGUGAUCGUAUCAGCCAAACCUUCAAUGGAGUACGUUUUGAGACUUUUUCUGAAGACGACGACGACUUUGAACAAGUGAUUGAGCUUUCUCGUCAUAUCAAGGAAUUGCAUGUUCACCAAUUUACGCGAGGAAAAUGGCUUUGUGAUUUACUGCGCAAUAAUGACUUUUGCUCGUUACGGGAGCUAAACGUUGAAGGCAUUACGGCUGAUUGCAGUGAUUACCUGGUGGCAUCGCUAAAGUCAAUCAGCAACACUUUGACACAUGUUUAUAUCCAGCAGGAAGAUGGCAGCAUGUUAGCGAUAGGCGAUAUUCUCCUCAACUGCCCCAAUCUUGUCUCACUGGACAUUAUCCAUCCAUUUGCCACCAAUUUCAGCUCGCUUCGAAUGGUAAAAUGGCCCAAAAUUACUAGAUUAUCCUUCUCCCAGGGAGAAAAGGAUGUUGGCUGUGAUCAAAUUAAAGCGAUUGGCAAGCGUUUUCCAUCACUCAAGGAACUUUCACUUUAUCCAUGUGAAGAUAUACAAUUGACACGCGUUGUUUUGGAUAGUUACCCAAGGAUGAAACAUCUUCACAUUUGCAUGGAUAGCCCCAUUGCUGAUCUUACCUAUUCGGAAGAAGGGCCCCCAUGUAACCAUGCUGGGAUUACGCAUCUUUCAGUGUAUGUGGAUUGUUCGUUUUGGGAAGCUGAUGAUUUCCGUGACCCUUGGCAGAGUGUCAUUCCUAUAUUGAAGGAGAUCCAUCAAACGCUUGAAUACUUGAAAAUUGACGUCAACUUUGCCAAUGACAACGAGGAUGUCUAUGAUCUUGAGUACCCUCGUCUGAAGAAGCUUUUUCUUUUUAACUCUGGAUGGUGGAUACCACGCAACGCACCCAUACUUGAGGAAUUGACGAUGACAUCCCGUACAAUCAGGGAAAAUCCGGCAGUGCUUGAUACAAUACCACCCAAUUUAAAGAGACUCGAAUUGAGAUUGGGACAUGCAUCACCUUAUCUCCGUGACGAAAAAGCAGCUGUUUCAGCGUAUCUCCAUCGACUUGCCAAUCACUCUCAGCUAAAAGAGCUUGUUAUUCAUUUCCACGACGCGCUUAUCAUUAGCAAUGUGCUCGAAGCAAUCCAACAUCUUGGUCGUAUUGAGAGCUUGAACUUGAUCUUUACAAGGACAUGGCGUUCUUGUGUUUGGGAUUCCUAUGUAAUGGACAGCUUCGUUGAUGGGCUUGCAAAGGGAUGUCCUCGUCUAUCCAAUCUUGAAAUCAACUGCAAGAACGCACCGUCGACAUAUACAGUGAAUGCUUUGAAACAACUUGAAGAUUUGAAACAACUUGUAUUUUCAGUCGAGGAGAUGGAUCCCGAUGAUAAUAUUUGGCAUGCCUUUGAAACUUUUAAACAGCUCAAAUGUAUUCGCAUAUAUUCUGUAAAGGGUGCCAACAUGGAUGCUAUUCGAUAUCUCCAGGGACAAUGGCCUAACUUGAAGAUCAUCAUCAACAAACGUCCACUCAGCUUGAAAGGUCUUAUUUUCUGA